AUGAUAAUAAGUUCUUGUACUUUUAAUGCAAUAUUAUGUUCUCCUGAUUUAGCUAGUGGAAAAUAUUUCGAUAGAGUUAUUACAAUUGUUUUAGAAAAUACUGAUUAUACUGAAGCAAUUGAAGAUAAAUAUUUAUCAUACUUGGCAAAUCAGGGAAUUUUAUUAUCAAAUUUUCAUGGAGUUUGGCAUCCUUCACAACCAAAUUAUAUUGCAAUGAUCCGUGGUUCAAAAGGUGGUGUCGUAAGUGGUGGAUUUGUAGGAGAAGUGUCAGAUGAUAAAUUAUAUUAUCGUAAACAUAAUCCUUUCAUUUCAAUGACCAAUAUUAGAACUAACCCAUCACUAAUUAGCAAAAUUGUGAAUGCUGAUCAAUUAAUAAAUGAUUUAUCAAAAAUUAAAAAUUAUGUUUAUAAUGAAGAUGGUAAGUAUUUAGGAAUUGGAUUCGGUGCGGAAAUUUUUUGUGGAUUAUCAUCACCACAAACACAUAAUAACAAUAAUAGUGACCUUAAAUUUUUUCUUGGUAAUUAUUGGAAAAAAAAUUUAUCAUCAUCUGUUAAUGAAGAUUUAUCAUUAAUUUUAAAUACUGAAAAUAAUAAAAAAAUCAAAAUCAAAAAAACUAAAAUUUUAAAUUCAAUUGGAUGUUUUGAAAAUACUUUAAAGUAUUCAAAUAUUUCAACUAUUGCAUACAUCAAAGAAAAUGAUGAUGAUGGCAAAAAGGAACCUGUGAUUAUUAAAUGCAAUAAUAUUGGAAAAUGCAAAGUUAUAUUGAGUGGAAUAGAUUUAUUUAAUAAUGAUUUAUAUUCAUUUGAUGAUAGAUUAUUAUUAUUAAAUUUAAUAUUUUCAGAACUUGAAGUAAAAUUUAAAGAUGACAAUGAUGAAUUUUUCAAUUUUAAAAAAUAUUUUAAUAUUCUUUGUAAUGAAAGAAGUUUAUUAAGUAAAGGUGACAACAAUUUAGAAUUUGGAUCUAUUUUAUUAUAUGGUGAAGUAGUAACAAGUACUCAAACAAUACUUGAAAGCAAUCUCAAAUUGAAAAAGGAAUUACCAAAUGGAUUUAUUUUUUUAACUAAUCGGCAAAUUCAAGGUCGUGGACGUGGUAAAAAUACAUGGAUUUCACCACUUGGUUGUUUACAAUUCUCUUUCACCUUGAAUCAUUACGACAAUCCUACAACUUCUGCAUCCGUAGUGUUCAUACAAUAUUUAUUAUCAUUAGCUAUAGUGGAAUCUAUUAGAACCAAAGAUGGUUAUGAGGAGAUUCCGUUAAGACUUAAAUGGCCAAAUGACAUUUAUGCAUUUAUUGAUGACAAUGAAUUUGUUAAAAUAGGUGGUGUACUGGUAAAUUCAAAUUAUAUUAAUAAAGAAUAUAAGCUGGUUAUUGGAUGUGGGCUUAAUGUAAAUAAUCAAUAUCCAACAAUUUCAAUUAACCAAUUGAUUGAGAUUUACAAUAAAAAAAACAAAAAUGCUGAAGAUUUGAAAUUAUUUUCACAAGAAGAACUUUUAGCUAUGAUAAUUGUAAAAUUUGAAUAUUUUUAUAAAGACUUUUGUAACUAUGGCAGAGGAUUUCGACCUUUCAUUGAUAUUUAUUAUAAAAGAUGGUUACAUGAGAAUCAAAUUGUAACAUUAGAAACUUAUAAUAACCAAAGAGCAAAAAUAAUUGGUAUAACUGAAGAUUUUGGAUUUUUAAAGGCAAUUUUAUUAGAUGGUAAUAGUGAUGAUGAUGAUAAUAAUAAUAUUAGUAUGAACAAUAGAAGCAGUAUUAGUAGUAGUAGUACCAGCAGUACUAGUAGCAGUACUAGCAAUAUUAUUACAUUACAACCUGAUGGAAAUAGUUUUGAUAUGAUGAAAAAUAUGAUUUAUAAAAAAUAA